CCACUGACCACCAAUGUAAGGAACAUUCUCCCCAGUGAUCACCAAUGUAAGGGACAUUCUUCCGGCUUAACACCAAUGUAAGGGACAUUCUUCCGGCUUAACACCAAUGUAAGGAACAUUCUUCCCAAUGAUCACCAAUGUAAUGAGCACCCUUCCCAAUGAUCACCAAUGUAAGGAGCAUUUUUCCCAAUGAUUACCAAUGUAAGGAGCACUCUACCCACUGACCACCUAUGUAAGGGGCAUUCUUCCCACUGUCUCCCAAUGUAUGGGGGCCCUAUAUUGACCACCACUGAAAUGGGCAUUUUUCUCACCGACCACCAGUUUAACAGGACAUUCUUUGCACUGGCCAAGUGCAAAGAAGCUCUCAUUGACUACCAAUGUAAAAGUGUUUCCUGUGAGCUGAAUAUUAUUUUAAGG